AUGUUGCAGAAAACUGCUAAUUUGCUGAAAUCCAAGCCAUUAAGACAGAAAGAAAGGUUCUGGACAUUGUGCAUGGAGAAAGGCAACAUAUCUGCUCAGUCAGAUAUUUCAAGUGAAAGAGAACUUGAAAUUGAUGUCAUCAUUGGAUUGGAAGACCUUUGCAAGCUGAAAACAGGAAACAUGAAAUGGGGAAAUGCUGGUGAUCCUGUUGCAGAAGAAACAACACUGGGUUGGACUCUAAUGGGACCAACAAACUCAGCAGAGGAUCAAAGUUGUUCAAGUUCACUGCUGUUGACAACUGAUAAGGAAAAUCUGAGCAAUCAGAUAGCCAAACUGUGGGAUUUGGAGACAGUAGGGAUCAGGGAAGAAAACUCAGUGGAAGAGAAAUUUGAAGAUACAGUAACUUUCAAUGGAGAGAGAUACAGUGUGCAGUUGCCAUGGAAAUCAGAUAGAGUCAAUUUGCAAACAAACAGAAAUCUUCGUGAAAGGCGGCUAAAUGCGCAACUCAGAAGAUUAAAGAAGGAACCGGAAAUAUUAAAGAAAUAUGAUGAUGUCAUUAAAGAUCAGAUAGAACAGGGUAUAAUUGAGGAAGUACCAGAUCAUCCUACAGGAGAAAGAAUCCAUUUCCUACCACACCAUCCAGUAAUACGUGAGAAUGCGGGGAGCACAAAAGUCCGAGUUGUGUACGACGGGUCAGCAAAAGAAAGAAAAGGAGAUAAGAGUUUGAAUGAGUGUUUAUACACGGGACCAUCAUUGCUACCUAUGCUAUAUGAUGUGCUGUUGAGGUUCCGGAUCUUUCCAGUGGCGCUUGUUGGUGACAUCAAGAGUGCAUUCCAUCAGAUCUUAGUUGAUGAGAAGGACAGAGACAGUAUGAGAUUCCUGUGGGUGGAAGAUUUCACAAAUGAGAAACCUGUGGUUGAAGAAUACAGGUUUACUAGAGUCAUUUUUGGAAGUGGACCAAGUCCAUAUUUGUUAAAUGCAACAUUGCAAAGGCACCUCAAGAAGUACGAAGAAGAAGAACCAGCAGUUGUCCAAAAUGUCUUACCAAACAUGUAUUGUGAUGACCUUGUGAGUGGAGCUGCUGACAGUACGCAAGCCAUAGAGUUGAAAGACAAAAUUACAGAGAUUAUGAGAAAAGGAGGUUUUCAACUCCAUAAGUGGAAGACCAACCAUGUGGAGGUCAGAAAGCACAUAGAGGAGAAAAGUGAUCAAAAAUAUUCAACUACAGUGACGUAUGCAAAGGAAAGCCUAGGUACCAAUGAUUCACAAAGUAAAAUUUUAGGAUUAAAAUGGAAUCCAGAAGAGGACACAUGA